AUCGCAGGGCAGACAGGCAGAGAGUGUAAAAUGGCGCACAGCUGUCGGUGGCGGUUCCCCGCUCGGCCCGGAGGGAGCAGCAACUCCGGUACCGGGAGGAGAGCGGGCCGAAUCAGAGUUACUGCCUCUCUGCGGAAUGUCUCAGGAGCCCACCAGAACGCAGCUGGGCUCGGACCCGGGUUUGAUGCUGCACUACAGGUCUCUUCGGUUAUCGGAAGCAACCUGCAGAAAUUUCGGGAUGUUUUGGGGGAAUCGAGUGACUCGAGCAGCGGGGAGGAGGAAGCAUUUGGAGGAUUUGGAGCGAUCACAGAACAGAAAAGAAUACAGAGCCCUUCCACAUCUUCUUCAGUAGAAACACCUAUACAGGAGAAGAAGCCCAGAGGUCGACCCCCACGGGCCCUGACUACCCAGAAAUCUGCUGCAAGCCUACCCUCUCCCUCCUCCCCAAUACAGGCAAAACCUGAAAGCCUCGAUAGGCCGGCUGAGAAGGUGAAAAGGUUGCCUGGAAGGCCACCUGGCACUGGGGAAAAGAGAAGAGGUCGCCCCCCAUCUGCAAAUAAUAAGAAAGGUUGGGGUGCAGGGAGUCAUGCUGCAGGGGAGGACAGGCAGGCUGGGACUGAGCUGGGCAUGGACACAGAGGAGGAGGAUGGAAAAGGCUCCGCUCAGCCACAUGACACUGAGGCAAAGCUUCCCAAAGGUGGACAGGGUAAUGCCAAAGUUCCUAACCUGAAGAGGCUGAGGGCAACCAAACUCAACCCUCUCAAGUCGCGGCUGAAAACAUUGCCUGGUGUACCCCGCCGCAGACGUGGGCGGCCUCCUUCAGCUGAACGACUAAAAGCUGAGGCUGCUGCUGCUCAGCUGUCUGCCUCUAUUGAAUGUGGGGAUGGGAAACACAAGUCAUUUAAGGCUAGAGGGGGUGACAGAGGCACAGAACCACACACUCCCCCACAUUCUGCACUGAGGAAUGAGGAUGGUGCAGAAGACCAGGACUCUUCCAAUCCCCCCGCCUCUCCAUCACCCUCCACACCUGGCAGGGCAGUGGGCCUCAGAAAAAGCCCUCGCCACAGAAAGCCUGUCAGAAUUGUCCCCUCUUCUAAACGCACUGAUGCAACAAUUGCUAAACAGCUGCUGCAACGUGCUAAGAAAGGAGCACAGAAGCGAUUGGAGAAAGAAGCAGGUGCCAUUGGGGGAGGUGGAACAGGGACCAUUGAAGCUGGCAUAAGGAAGACCCAGUUGAAGAACAUUAGACAGUUCAUCAUGCCUGUGGUCAGCACAGUUUCCCUUCGUAUUAUCAAAACCCCCAAGCGUUUCAUUGAGGAUGAGGGCAGCUUUGGGACCCCCACACCUCAUAUGAAGAUGGCACGAUUGGAAACCCCCACAUCUGUCUCUACAUCUGCCCAACCCACCACUAGUGUGGCUUCCGCCUCCCCUUCUCCUAACCUGGUCUCUUCCACAGCGGCUGUCACUAGCACUGGAACCACUGCACCAACAGACUCCCUUCCUCCUCCUCCACCUCCUGCCCCUGUCACCAGUGUUCCAUCAACACCUGCCAGUCUCCUCAACAGCAACACAAACAAUGCCACCAAUGGGAGAUUUAGCAGCACCGCAUCUUGUGGCUCAAGUGCAGUGUCGCAGCAUUCCUCCCAGCUCUCCUCUGCAGAGUCUUCCAGAUCCAGCAGUCCCAGCCUGGAUGACUCAUCUUGCGACUCCCAGGCUUCUGAGGCCACACAAGCUCUAUCAGAGCCAGAGGAUCAUUCUCCGUCCUUGCAGGGAGAGAGGGAGACCAACUUGUUGCACAGCUCACGGCCUCCCUCCCCUCCCUCUGAGCCAGAGCCAGAGCCUGUGCUGGCUGAGAGGAGUCGACGAGGUCGGAGAGGACAGGGGGUGAGUCGGGGAAGUCAGAGCCAGAGGGUCAGGGAGCCACUAACAGUGGCCAAAAAGCCCAUCAUCAGCCCUCCAACAGGAGUACUGAUGUCUUCCCCUGCACUUAUCAACUCCCAGCAAGCUUCAUCCACAGCUUCCUCCUCGUCUUCACCUCCACCUCCCCCUCUCCUCACCCCUCCACAGCCUUCCCAGUCUUCGUCCUCUAAUACAGCUGCUAUCAGUGAACACCACACUCAGUCACCCUGGAUGUCUCACUCCAUCUCUCCUUUUCUUUCGGGGCCAUCAGUGCUGUCCAGCUUGUCAGACAAACGAAGCCGCUCAAUUUUGAGAGAGCCCACCUUCCGCUGGACAUCCCUGUCUCACCCUGAGCAGCAGUACUUUUCAUCUGCUAAAUAUGCCAAGGAGGGCCUCAUCCGCAAACCUAUAUUUGACAACUUCCGUCCUCCCCCUCUUACAGCUGAAGACGUGGGGCUGUUGCCCCAAGGUGUUAGCGGAGCAGGGGGAGCUGCUCCAGUCACAUUCCCUGCACCAGGUAGCGGAGGAGGCACAGGGACUCGUCUUUUUGCCCCUCUUCACUCCCACACCCACCACCAACAUGCAUCCUCUUCCCGUUUUGAUGCACCACUCCAGAAGCGCAGUUUGCUUCGUGCCCCACGCUUUACACCCAGCGAGGCCCACUCACGGAUUUUUGAGUCUGUUACUUUGCAGUCAUCUUCUGGAAGCAGUCCUGGCUCUCUUUCCCCACAGCAAUCAUCCUCCAGCUCAAGCAGAACCUCACGCCGCAGAAGACGACUGGUCUCUGGGACACUUCGUGGCCAACCACGGUCUCCUUCCCACUCAAUGACAAGACGCAGCAGUCAAAUUGGAGGCCAGAUAUCUGUGGGGAAAGGCCCCUCUGAGAUGUCUGUGUUGACAGGCUCUGUCUCUGGUAAUAACCCCACCGCUUUACCAGGGGUCUCUGCAAGUCAACUAGCCGCUAGUGCCUUAACUCCUGCUCAUUUCAGCACCUUCUCCACUGUGUCCCUGGGUCUGGCCUCACAAGGGACACCUGAUAGCAGGAGAGGAACCACUGGAAACCCACCUCCUUUGUCAACUACAACAUCUGCUUCCUCCCCACUUUUUCCACUCUUUCCUUCCAGUGCCCAGGACACAGGCCGAGGAGCUGGAAAAGGAGGUAAAGAAAAAGGCAUGUCAGCUCCACAGGAAUCUGCUCCAAAAGAAAAAGAAAGGGAUCCUGAGAAAAGCAGAGACAAAGAAAAGGAGAAUAAGAGGGAAGGGAGGAAGGAUUUAGAAAAAAGAAGCAAGGUUUCUUCGCCAGAUGGUUCCCCCAAUCCAGCUUCCAGCCUCUUUACUGUUGAUGGGAGGGAUACAGAAGACCCUCUCUCAUCUCUUGCACCAAAAAAGACUCCUGGGAGGAAAAAAUCCACAUCAGUUGACACGGUUUCUGACACUGCUUCUACAGAGGGACGUGGGAUCCACUCCACUGUUCCUAUGUCAAUUGCUAAAGGACGUCUGUCUAAGAAAGGCAGACCCUCUGAGAAGGGCACAGAGAUUGAAGAUGGGGAGAAAGAGAGGGAGAAGGAAAAGGAGAAGGAGAAACAAAAUGCUCCAAUCCAACAGACAGCAGGCCUCCCUGGACAACCAGGCAGACAACUCCCUGUCUCCUCUAUAGAAUCAGUGUUGGCACAAGCAGAGAAACAGCCUGUGACUGACAAGCGGGUAGUUGGACUACUGAAGAAGGCCAAAGCCCAACUCUUCAAGAUAGAGAAGAGUAAGCUAAAGCCUGCAGAACAGACCAAGGUCCAGGGUCAAGAGAGUGACUCGUCAGAAACCUCAGUCCGUGGUCCACGCAUCAAGCAUGUAUGUCGCCGUGCAGCUGUGGCUCUAGGCCGCAAUCGGGCAGUGUUUCCUGACGACAUGCCCACACUUAGUGCCUUGCCCUGGGAGGAGAGAGAGAAGAUCCUAUCUUCCAUGGGGAAUGAUGACAAGUCCUCAGUAGCAGGCUCAGAGGAGGCUGAGCCUCAGUCUCCUCCAAUAAAGCCACGGGAGACGCGGCAAAAGGCUGUUCAAGAAGCUCCUCCCAAGAAGGGACGUCGCUCACGACGCUGUGGCCAGUGUUCAGGCUGCCAAGUCCCAGAAGACUGUGGCGUCUGCACCAACUGCCUUGACAAGCCCAAAUUUGGAGGAAGAAACAUUAAAAAGCAGUGCUGCAAGAUGAGAAAGUGUCAGAACUUGCAGUGGAUGCCCUCAAAGAUGUUUCUUCAGAAGCAGGGCAAAGGCAAGAAGGACAAGAAAAAGAAUAAACUGCCUGAGAAGAAGGAGGCUGUCAAUCCAGUUAAGGGACUGAACUCGGAUCCUGGUUUGAAACCUACUCCUGCACCACCUAAGGAGGAGCCUCCCCGUAAAAAGAGUGAAACUCCUCCCUUGAAGCUAGGAGAAGAGAAGUCAAGACAGCAGCAGUCAUCAAAACAAUCAUCCCCAACCCUUACACCUUCUCCUGCUCCAGUUGACCCCCCCCAGACCCCCAGCACAGUCCCAGCCCCGGCCCCAUCUCCAGCUCCAGAACCCAAACAACUCUCAGUCACAGGCAGCAUCUCUAAUAAAAAAGGACACAAAACACAGCAGUCUGUACCAACAUCCUCCUCGUCUUCUUCUUCUUCUUCUUCCUCUUCGUCAUCAUCAUCAUCUUCCUCCUCGUCCUCCUCAUCUUCAUCAUCAUCCUCCUCCUCAUCAUCUUCGGCUCAGAAUUCCCCUGCUCAGACUACACAGUCUCAUCAGUCGUCCCAACAGCAGCAGCGGCAGCAGCCAGCUACUCAGACACCCUCAAAAAAGGAUACAUCACCCAAAAUCCAACUGAGUGAGCCCAAGAAGAAGCCCCAUCAGCACUCACUGCAGCAGCACAGCUCACCAACACCAGUUUCAGAUGCAGGUGAAUUAAAACAUUUGAAGAAGCCAUCUUCCCGGUCUGUCCCUCCAUCUCCUAAACAGAGACCAAAAGACAAGCAUGAGAGGCCGCUGACCACUAAACCUCCCAGCAGCGGUACUUUAAACUGGCUGGGCACUCCCUCGACUAGGGGCCAGGUGAAGUCCAGAGCACCCUGCGACGGAGUGCAUCGUAUCAGAGUGGAUUUUAAGAGGGACCAUGAUGUAGAGAAGGUGUGGGAGGCUGGCGGUCUCAGCCUGCUUACCUCGGUGCCUGUCACAUCCAGGGUGCUCUGCUUCUUAUGUGCAAGCAGUGGAAAUGUUGAGUUUGUCUUCUGCCAGGUGUGUUGUGAACCCUUCCAUCUGUUUUGCCUGGGGGAGUCAGAGCGCCCUCUUCAGGAGCAGUUUGAGAAUUGGUGUUGUCGACGAUGCCGAUUCUGCCAGGCCUGUGGGCGCCAGCAUCAGAAAACUAAACAGCAGCUGCUAGAGUGCGAUAAGUGCCGUAACAGCUAUCACCCGGAGUGCCUGGGUCCUAACCACCCUACCAGACCCACCAAGAAGAAGAGAGUCUGGCUUUGCACCAAGUGUGUGCGCUGUAAAAGUUGUGGGGCCACUAAGCCUGGAAAGUCAUGGGAUGCCCAGUGGUCACAUGACUUUUCCAUGUGUCAUGACUGUGCCAAACUCUUUGCUAAAGGGAACUUCUGCCCACUGUGCGAUAAGUGCUAUGAUGAUGAUGACUAUGACAGCAAGAUGAUGCAGUGUGGCCGUUGUAACCACUGGGUCCAUGCCAAGUGUGAGAAUCUGACAGAUGAAAUGUACGAGCUGCUGUCAAAGCUGCCAGAGAGUGUUGCCUACACGUGUACCAAAUGUACAGAGCGCCAUCCAGCCGAGUGGCGAACAGCGUUGGAGAGGGAGCUUCAGGGCUGCAUUCGCCAUGUUCUUACGGCACUGCUCAACUCACGCACAUCCACGCACCUUUUACGCUACAGACAGGCGGUGAAGCCUCCAGAGCUGAACCCAGAGACAGAGGAGAGUCUUCCAUCACGCCGUUCCCCAGAGGGCCCAGAUCCUCCAAUCCUGACUGAAGUUGCUCCUACACCUCCCAGUGACUCACCUCCAGACCUGGAGUCUGUUGACAAAAAGAUGGAUCAAGGUCGCUACAAGUCAGUGCUGGAGUUCAGUGAUGACAUUGCCCGAAUCAUUCAAACAGCCAUCAACAGCGACGGUGGUCAACCUGAGAGCAGGAAAGCCAAUAGCAUGGUGAAAUCUUUCUUUAUCCGGCAAAUGGACCGAAUCUUUCCUUGGUUUAAAGUCAAAGAAUCCAGGUUCUGGGAAAGGCAAAAAGUCUCCACCAACAGUGGUCUCCUCCCAAAUGCAGUGCUGCCUCCGUCCUUGGACCACAACUACGCCCAGUGGCAGGAAAGGCAGGAGCUGUCCCGCGCAGAACACCCACUGUUCAUGAAAAAGAUCAUCCCUGCUCCCCGCCCGAAGACCCCCAAUGAACCAGAUUCUCCAGCUUCGUCUCCCCCACUCCCUCCUUCUCUACCCCCACCGCCUCCACUAUUACCUGAUCGUGAGGACAGUCCAGAGCUUCCUCCUCCUCCAGGCAUUAGCGAUAACAGGCAAUGUGUUCUGUGUCUCAAGUAUGGAGAUGAGAACACCAAUGAGGGUGGCAGGCUGCUUUACAUUGGUCAGAAUGAGUGGACCCAUGUCAACUGUGCACUGUGGUCGGCUGAGGUAUUUGAAGAUGACGAUGGCUCUCUGAAAAAUGUUCACAUGGCUGUUCUCAGGGGGAAACAGCUGCGCUGUGAGAAGUGUCAAAAGCCAGGGGCCACAGUUGGCUGCUGCCUCACCUCAUGCGCCAACAACUACCACUUUAUGUGCGCUCGCCAGUGCCAUUGCAUCUUCCUGGAGGACAAGAAAGUGUAUUGUCCAAAGCACAGGGACAUCAUCAAGGGAGAAGUUGUGUCUGGGUUCGAGGUGACCCGCAGAGUUCUGGUGGACCUGGAGGGCAUUAGUCUCAGGAGAAAGUGGCUGGCUGGACUGGAGCCUGAAAAUGUUCACAUGAUGAUAGGCUCCAUGACUAUUGAUUGUUUGGGGAUACUGACUGAACUCUCAGACAGCAAACGCAAGCUCUUCCCAGUAGGAUACCAGUGUUCAAGGAUGUACUGGAGUACUUUGGAUGCCCGCAAGCGCUGUGUUUAUACCUGUAGGAUUCUAGUGUGUCACCCUCCAGUGGCAGAAUCUAAUCUGAAGAGUAUAAUGGCUCCUGAGGAGAAUCGCACAAUAGCACACAGUCCACCUUCUGUAGCAGACUUUCCAGACCCAUUUGAGUCUCCCAGACGCUCUGACACCCUUUCACCUGCCAACACUCCAAAGCUCAGGGUUUACACCAGGAAUCGGCACCCCAGCUACCCCCCAUGUCAGCGAGCAAUAGGCUCCAGGCCUAUGCCCUCUACAGGAGGUUCCUGUAAGCCUCAAAGCCAUGAGGUUGUGACAGUAGGAGACUCCCUAUUGAAUCCCACCAUGAGGAAUAUUGACUCACGACGUCACAGCUCCCCUUCUCUCUCACCUCCUUCACACCAGCUAAAUAGACAAAGAGGUGUCACCUCCCCAGCUCAGAUUAUGUCACGGCCCCUUACCUCACCUCCUCCCCUCAUCCCAUCUCCUGCCAGAGACCCUGAAAAGUCAAAACACCUCAGCAAAGAAUCAGUCCAGAGGGAGGACGAAAGAAGUAGAUUGUUUUCCACAGACAGAAGCAGAACACAACAAUCCAGAGAUCAAUCAUAUAAAGAUACAGACAAGGGAAGAGGGUCAAGUCGAGACCAGACCUCUAAGGACUCUGAGAAGAAUAGGUUAACAAGAGAAAUUGGACACAAAGACUCUGAUAAGGGUGAAGUAACAUCCAAAGAGCAAGAAAAGCGGAAACUGUUGAGUAAAGACCCAAGUCUGAAAGAGACUGAGAGGGGGAGAUCUCUCAGUAGAGACCCCUUUAGAGAUGCAGAAAAAGGGAGACAGGUCAAUAGGAACUCAGAGAAGGGGAGACAGUCAAGCAAAUUCUCAAGCAGUAGAGAAACUGACAGGAGCAAACCAUCCACUAGAGAUUCCAAUUACAAGGAUAUGGAAAAGGCUCGUCCUCUCAGUAGAGAUACAGGGUUAAGAGACUCUGAAAAGCAUAGACAGUAUAGCAGGGAAACAGGAAAAGACUCAGGCCAGGGUAAAGACAGACCGUCAAGCAGAGACUCUGAUAAGGGCAGACCUCCCUCCAGAGAGUCCAGUCACAGAAGCACAGAAAGAAAUAGAGACAAUGGCUCAGGGAAAGACUGUCACCCUAACACCCAGUUCAAACAGACUGGAGGAGAGAGUAAGAGCCCUCGACUGGCACCUGCUGGCUCAGGCCAGUCGUCUCCUCCUGUGGGCACUGCUGUUCUCACAGGACAGCAGAGAGGGAGCAGUGCCAAACAGACAGACAAACAAGGCAAACACAGUGGGAAAGACCAGGACAUUUCUGCCGGCCUCAGUCUGCUGCCUCGUCAUCGCUCCACCUCCACAUCUAAUGUCAUCCAGUCUAAGGACAAGCCCAACUCAGGGAAGGAGAGCAGCAGUGGGUCUGGAAAUGUAAUGCCAGCUUCACUACAUAAAGACUCUGUCGUUGGGAAAUCUGGCUCCCCACAGCCCUCAUUUCAGAAGACCAAUGCACGCAAAUCAAAUGAUUACUCAUCAGGGCCGGCCACAGCGGCAGUGAUGAAGCCCCUGUGGCCGUCCCGGACACCAGCAGAUGAUGACCUUGUCAAGCGAGGCUCCAUGCACUUGACCUCCCUAGCUGCAGCCCCAGCUGCCAAAGACAAACACCCCAAAGUUAAGACAGCAAGCAGCAGAGAAGUGUCCAAAGACCGUGAACGAGACAAACUCCAAAACAGCAACAGUAGCAGCAACAAAUAUCCCCUGCUUAACAAUAAUACUAAGGCUACUGGCAGCUCUAACACACACACUCAGAACCCCAGCUCCCACAACAGCAGCAACAGCAAAGCUCCAAUGAUUGGAAACAACACCAAAGCCCAUGGAAAGGCUCAGGGGGAGAAGCUUGAGAACCAGGGAGGAGACAGGUCAUCCUCAAAAAAUAGAGAGACUUUCUCUGGUCCUGAGAAAAAGAACAGCUCCAGUCUGGAAAACUUACAGCAGCUGCAACAGGCUGGUCUAACUCAAGAGAAGGGACUGAAGACAUCUUCUCAGUCUCACACCAAACCCACAACAAAUCAGCUGUCCUCUAGGCAUAAAAAGAGAUCAGUUAAGCCCCCCACUACUACUGCACUGAAGACUGAUAUUAAGACUGACCCUAAUGGGACAAGCUCUGUUGGUAGUAUUUCUUCUUCCUGUCCCAGCACAACUACUACCUCCAUUGUCUCUCCUGCUGGCCAGGGAAGCCGCCGGCCCGCCUGCUCCACUCUCUUCUCGUCAGCCUCUGCCAGCAGCAGCGACAGCUCUGAGUCUGACACUCAGACUCAGACAGUGGAAGAGGAGCACUCGCAUGGUGAUGUCAGAGAUCAUCGUAGCCUCCUCACACAAGGCACUGAGGAUGAUGGGGAUGGCCAAGACGAUGACCAUGACAGAGGAAUGGAUGACAAACAUCAUGAGGAUGACAGUGAUGGAUCAGGGUCUGCCAAGCGCCGUUACCCCCGACGUAGUGCCCGGGCACGCUCUAACAUGUUUUUUGGCCUGACACCAUUUUAUGGGGUCCGCUCUUAUGGUGAAGAAGACCUUCCCUUCUAUGGUAGCGGAGAUGGAGCUGGGGCCGUGGUUAAGAGGAGGACAGGUGGCCGUAAGAAGUCAGCUGAAGGACAGGUCGAUGGAGCAGAUGAUAUAAGCACCUCCUCUUCAUCAGGGGACAGUGGAGAGGAUGACGACAGCGGUAAAGACCCUUACUACUACAACUUCACCCGAACAAUAAUUAACCCUGGCGAGGGUCUGCCAUCCAUAGAAGGCAUAGACCAGUGUCUAGGACGAGGCUCUCAGCUCCAGCGCUUUCUUAAAGAUGAGGAGCAGCAGCAGAAGGGACAAGCAAACAGUGAAGAGGACAUGCUAAGUGCUUUGUCCCUGGGAAAACAGCAUAUUGGACAGCUGGAUGGUGUAGAUGACGGUUCAGAGAGUGACACCAGUAUCUGCACCACCAGCACUACAACCACAACUGCCACCUCCUCAUCCACCCCACAUAAGAGCACUCCUAAGAGACGGGCAAGAGAAAGGCACACUGAGAAAGUUGAUUCCCAUGAUUCGAACAAGGAGCCUGACAGUGGCGGAGCAGUAAGCGGUAACACACGGGAGGGCAGAAAAAACCAGAAGGAAAACUGUCUUCCUCUUGGGGGCGGGGUGAAGACCCAGGCACAGAGUCAGGGUCAGGAUCCACUUGAAGCCCAGCUGUCCCUGAGCACAGACCUGCUCAAAUCAGACUCUGACAACAACAAUAGUGAUGACUGUGGAAACAUUUUGCCGUCGGAUAUCAUGGAGUUUGUCCUCAACACGCCUUCCAUGUCAAUGCAGACUCUGGGUCAACAAUCAGAGCCUUCCUCCUCUGAGCUUCUGCUUGAUGAGGGUUAUGUCGGAGUUGAUGUUAACCGCCGCAAAGACAUACUGUUUGAUGACUUUUCUCAGCCUCUACCCAGUGCUGAAAGUGGAGGCGUUGUGGAGAGUAGUGUGAAUAGUUCCAUAUCUGUAGAGGAGCCAUAUCUUCCACUGGAGCUGCCCUCUGACCUCUCUGUUCUGACUACACGCAGCCCUACUGUCAGUACUAAUCAGAACCACACAGCUGGUAGUCUCAUCUCAGAUACCUCAGAUCGCACUAUGCUAGGUUUGACCUCUGACCCUGACACAAUCAGUGGAGAAAAGAGCGGGGACAAGAAAAGAGCAGGACUACCAUCAGAAAGUCAGCAUGACACAACAGCUUUGGGAAAUCGAGAUGCACAGGUCACUGAAGGUCACAUGACUCCUGAACAGUUUAUUCCCAGCCCUGCUAUUGGCCAAGUGGUUGAACCUUCAGUUAACCAGGACGUCCCACGGAGUGCUGGGACCCCUGGUUUGCCAAGUUCUCCCUCUUUGCCCCUUCAGGGUCAGAAGUACCUCCCAGUAUCAGCGGCAGGUAGCCCCAGUCCAGUCACUGUCCCGGGUCCAUCCCAGGCUCAGGUUUCCAGCCCAGCAGUCAUCAAACCGGGCCCUGAAAAGCUCAUUGUGGUCAAUCAGCAGUUUCAGCCCCUCUAUGUGCUUCAAACGGUCCCUAAUGGUGUCACCCAAAAAAUCAGUGCCACAGGAGUGAUGGACACCAGCUCUUCAGCAGUGCUGAGCCCUAUGACACUCACUACAGGUCUGAAUACUGCUCUGCCCCCAGCCCAGCCGAUAUUCCCAGCUGGGGGCAAAGUUCUCAGCACAAUGUCCCAUCCACCUCAGAUUCAUACUUUUACAGGAACCACACAGACCAGCUUCCAGACGGCAAUCCCAAGCACCACGUCGGGGCUUCUAAUAGGGUUGCACUCUCAGGCUCACGACCAGCCCCAGAUUCUGGUCUCAGAGGCGGGUCGAGCACAUGAGUUAGGCCCGAGUGUUGCCAUAGUGUCCAGUCCCUCGUCUCUCACCUCCUCCCCCACUGUUCUCGCCUCUGCUCACGGCAAGAAGAGACCAAUUUCACGUCUUCAGCCAAAAAAAAAUAAAAAGCUUGCCCGCUCUCGUAGCCAGCCUACUCUGGCCCCAUCAGACGCAGGACCUCCCAACAUGACCCUCAUCAACCUCUCCUCCCCUCAGAUUACAGCGAGCAUCCCUGGACAACCUGGUGGUUUGGUUGAGUUAAGUACUCUCUCCACGUCGCAACGUAAAGUUCCAAAUAUAAUCAAAAGGCCAAAAUCAGGUGGGGUUAUGUACUUGGAUCCUACUACCCUCCUCCAGCAGAGAAUUCCUGCAUCUGCCCCUCCGGGUAUCCUGGGUCAUGACUCCUCCACUCACCUCCUCCCCUGCACAGUCUCUGGUCUCAACCCAAGUCAGUCAGUGUUGAAUGUUGUGUCUAUGCCCCCUAGUGGCACUGCAGGCCUGUUGGCACCAGGAUCAGUGUCUCUCUCUACACCAGUGCUCAGCUCCACUGAGAUCACAGGCCCUAUAAGCAACCUCUUGUUUAAAGCCAGUCCACAUGGCUUAGGCUUGUCAGAUCAGCCAAUGGUCUUGCAGUCCGCAGGAGGAGCUCCCCUCAUGUCACAACUCAGCUCUUCUGUUCAGACAUCCAUAGCAAGCAGCAUCUGCGUCCUGCCCUCCCAACAAACUAUCAGCAUGGCUGUCAACCAGCAAGGAGAGACGGAUGGCAGCAACCUCCACUUACAGCAUCACACACAGCCUGUAAACAGAGCCCAGACUGUGGAGCCCAGUCAAAAUACAACUGUUACUUUAGCGCCGGGCACAGCCACCCCUUUAAGCCCCGCCAAAGGGCGUGUUGUUGGAGUAUUUACCCAAACACAGACCUCUUCACAGUCUCAGAGUAGCAGAACAACGCCUAUUUCCAGAUCUUCAGAACAAAGACCAUCUAACUCCACAGUGAUGUCAGCAGCAGUCACAGGAGCAGAAAAAGGCAAGAAAGCCAAGAGGAGCAGACAGAGUCCAGAUAUUACCAGUGUAAAGAAGCUUAAGUCUUCUCAGCCAGAGGAACAUCACAACCCCACAGGAAGACUCUCAUCCAACCCAAGUUCCAAAGAGCUGAGCUCCCCUGAACCCAUGGACACAGGCAAACCAGCAGAUAAACCAACUAACAAGAGUGUAUUUGGUAAAAAGAAGACGUCUGAAGGUCCAGUUUUACCAGGGAAGAUGGUGGGUAAAGACAAAGGUCUGACAGCAGGUGGAACAGGAUCUCUCAAAGCGGCUUCACCACCAGACCAGGACAAUAACAGCAGAGACAUGGUGUUGGAUAGCAAACCCAAGAAGGGCAUCAUCUUUGAAAUCUGCAGUGAAGAUGGCUUCCACAUUCGCUGCGAAAGUAUCGAAGAGGCUUGGAAAUCCCUGACUGAUAAGGUGAAGGAAGCUCGCUCCAACGCACGACUCAAAGAGCUGUCUUUUGAAGGUGUGAAUGGCCUGAGAAUGCUGGGAGUCGUCCAUGAGGCAGUCGUCUUCUUAUUGGAACAGCUGUAUGGCUCCAGACACUGUCGGAGCUACAGCUUCCGCUUCCACAAGCCCGAGGAGACCGAUGAACCUCCCAUCAACCCACACGGCUCAGCCCGGGCAGAAAUCCACAACAGGAGGUCAGUAUUUGAUAUGUUCAAUUUCUUGGCCUCAAAACACCGCCAACCUCCUGAGUACAGACCGCAGGAAGAUGAUGAUGAGGAAGGGCAGCUCAGGACUGCCAGGCGUGCGUCCAUGGAGCUACCGCUGUCGGUGAGGUUCAAGCAGCUCAAGGCCACAUCUAAGGAAACUGUUGGAGUUUACAGGUCUCCUAUUCAUGGCCGAGGUCUGUUUUGCAAGAAAACCAUUGAUGUUGGAGAGAUGGUCAUAGAAUACUCUGGAAAUGUCAUUCGCUCUGUGCUCACAGACAAACGUGAAAAAUAUUAUGAUGGAAAGGGGAUUGGCUGUUACAUGUUUCGCAUCGAUGACUAUGAGGUUGUAGAUGCCACAGUGCAUGGCAACGCUGCCCGCUUCAUCAACCACUCCUGCGAGCCCAACUGCUACUCACGGGUCAUCACUGUGGAUGGCCAGAAGCACAUCGUCAUCUUUGCCUCUCGUCGUAUCUACUGUGGAGAGGAGCUCACGUACGAUUACAAGUUCCCCAUUGAGGACGCCAGCAACAAGCUGCCCUGCAACUGUGGUGCAAAGAAGUGUCGCAAAUUCCUCAACUGAUAUCUGAAUCGAAACAUGUUGGGCAGUAGUGCCAUGAUGUUCAUGGAUGCCCUCGCUGGUGUUUGUGUGCUGACUUAUGCCAAUUUUGUGUGUCCUGUGCCCACAGGGCCACGGCUGACAAUGAGCUCUGUCAGUGUUUUCGCUGCUGGUUUUGGCAGAAAACAGUGAGACGGUGGCUGUGAGUCGUGUUGUGUAUGCAGGAAGGGCCAUUCUGGAGGAGGGGCCAUUUGUAGAAAUUCUAACAUUGUGCCUCCUUUAGUUUUAUUCAUGUCUGGAAUGGAAAGUUUCACCUUCAUUGAGGUGUUUAAUGAAAUGGUUGAGCCUUCACAACAUUGCAAUAUCAAGUUUAAUUUACUUUUGAUUAACAUUUAGAAGGUAUAAAGUUGCCCCUUCAUAAUUUCUUACAUUGGCCCAUCCUCCUUAAUUUUCUAUUAUUGUCGUUUAUUUAAAGAUCUUGUGGUCCGAAGCUGAGAUACGAACAUAAUAGAAAAAAAAAAUCAAAGAACUUGGUUCCAUUUUACACCAAAGUGCAAUUUGUUUAAGGGACUUGGAACAGUAAUUUUAUUAGAAAGAAAAAUUAGAAAACUUGUUAGAAUUAGUUUUUUUUAAUCUCUGUAUCAGCUGUUUUGAUGCACAUCUCCCUGUCUGAAUGUGCCCUGAUGCCUUCAGAGCUGUUGUGAUAAACUGGAACCUUCCCCUAACCAGGCGUUUUUCAGAAGCUUGUGGGUGUGUACAUUGAACACUGUAAAUAGGAGCUGCUCGUGUACAGCAGUCUGAAAACAGCUGUCCAGCUGGAAACACUAGGGGGAGCGGUAACCACAGAAAGAGGGUGAAGAGAUGCUGAUGGACAGAAAAAAGUGACGAGGGGGACAGAAGUGUAGAUUUGUUUAAAAACUUUUUAAAAAAAUUAUUUUUGGUUGUUCUUGUUAAGGGUGAUAUCUGAGGUUGAUGCCAUCCUUUGUACUUACAUUGACUUUUUAGUCUGACAACUUGGUAGCUAUGUAGACAUGCUAUUGAUGGGAUUAAGCCUCUGGCCUUGAGAAAGCAAGGCAGCUAGAGAUUCUGGUGGACUGACAGCCAAGGGACUGGGGUACUCUACUGAUGUGCUUUAGUAGACGUGCACAUAUUUCUAAUUGAUUUUUUGGAGCUGUGGUCCAGAAAUGGAUCUUUGUGUAACGUACAGCUGACAGUGGUAUCACAGGUUUGUGCAUGCCGUUGUUUUGUUGGUUUGUUUUUUAUCUAACUUUGUGGUAACUAUAUAAGCUCAGACUUUGAAUCACGUUCCAAAUUACAGCCACAAAGAGAACCAAACAUCAUGACCUUAAAUUGAAUUGUCACACAGCUUGUUUUCUUCUCCGCCUUUCGUGAUGAAUAUUACUACGGAAAUUGUUUUAUUUGUACGGUGUUAAUUCUUUUAAAGUUUUGUCUGUUAUCUGUCUUUUUAUUAUGGACAGGAAAAAUAUCAUGCUUGCUUUUAAAAAUGUAAAUAAUGUAUAUUUUUCUACAAAAAGACUUAAAAAGCACUCACUAGUGAAUAGCACUUAAUGAUGGUAUUUAUAUUUUUAAAAAAUCAUAUUUAUUUUAUUGCCAUUUUUGUAGGAAAUAGAGGUUUACAAACACUAAUGCUUGGUCUAUGUUUUGUAUUCCGCUGCCUUUUCAAGUUGGUUUUUUUUUUUUGUAUUUUGUUUUGUUUUUUUCCUCUUUUAAUUUGUAGCCUGAAUGUUUUCUUUGAUUCCAAAGACUGACGCUGGUCUGGGGCUUGGUCCUCUCGAGUUCAGUCCACCAGUAACUCUUUAUCCUGGGCUGUUUGGUCAGAGCUGAGGGUAUUCCAGUUAAAGCUAGCAGUAUGGCAGUCAUGUGAAUUAUUAUGCACUUGAGAGAGUUUAGAUUGUUGAUCCAUAACAGAUAUCUCCUCUCUCCAGCCUUAUUGUCUUCACACCACAUCACAUCGAGAAUCAAGUACACUUUCAGGCCGCUGCCAGACAGUCAUAUCAAAAUUUUCCUCUUCACAAAAUAGCCACGUGACUUGAAUUGGCAAUACAUGUGUAGAAUCACAUGAAGUCCUGUCAUGUAAAAGUGUUGUGUCCCUCUGCAGACCUGGUUUAUGGUAAACAGGUGCCUUUAUAUUAAAGAUACCAAGAGCAUAUAAUAUCAUAUCUCCGUUAAGCCCAUCUGUCUUCAAAAAGGAAAAAAAAAAAAAGUCUAAAACCACUUUGUCCCGGUGACCACUGACUAGUGCUCGCCUCAGUUUGGAAAUCACUUUUUAUUCUUUGAUUUAGUCUCCUCGUUGUUUGCCUUAGUUGUCACUAAACAAGCCUAUUCACACCCUGGACCGAAUAUUUCGUUAUCAGACUGUUUAGACCAACUGGUUCCACUAAGUGACUGAAGUCUAUGACUUUGUUUCUGAUUUAUCGAUGUCCACCGUUCAUGCUGACUUCGUUAUCACCUAAAGGCCGUUAGCAGUCACUACCACACUGUUGUUGUGAACUGAAACAAAAACGUUAGUUUGCACUUUAGCUGUGUUACAGGCACUGAACAGACAUAGGAAAACUCAGCUGCUUCUUCAGACAGACAAUGCAAAUCCUAUGCUGAAACAACAAGCACAGAGCGUCAUUAAGAAUAAUUGUCAACCUGUGCAUUUGGCCCCAGUACUGAAAAAAAAAAACUAAGCUCAGUCCAUUUUGGGAUUAGACCAGCUGAAGUGGUGUUUUAGGCUCUAGCAAAGUGCACUUGACUCUUUUCCACAACAUAGUGAAGGCAGGGACCACUCCAGCAGCCCUUUUCCUUCCUGACGGUGCAGUAUGUACGAUCCAGGCUGGGCUUUUCCACUCAACUGCAUCAGGUCCAGCUACCUGACCCCCCCCUUCACCUGGCCUGGUGGUCGUACUGCUGCACCCACUCUGGGCUGGCUGGGUUCUGCUGCUAAAGGUCAGCAAUGAAUGUAUAUUCCUCCUCCACGUCACCAGAUUUGUAAUGAUGCUUCGUCAGCUACAUUUGUUUUCAGUUCUUGUGUCAGUGACCCUGGUCGUUUCGGAAGAUGUCUAGACCUCUAAGUGGGUGGGUGGGGGGGGCAGCAGUUUCAUUUGAGCACUGACAAUAAAUAAUACAGAUGUGUGAACAGCAGGACAACAGGUUCUUAUUGGGUUAGUUCAACAGUUCAUGUUAGCAUCAGUGAUUACAUGUUUACUGAUGCCAAGGGCUCUGUCUAUGACUCUUACUUCUGCAUUUUCAGGGUCAGAGGGUUCAGUGAACAAUAAGUCAUUUAUUUCAUGUUUUAAACAGCAUAUACAAUAAGGAAAUGGUCUCUGUUGUUUCUUUGGACUCUUUCUACCACGCCACACCAGUGGCCCUUCUUCUUCAUUAUCUGUAAUUAUAGUAUAAAUACAUAACAAUAUUAUACGGAAACAUGCAUAGUAAUUUCUUGUACUUUAGUAUCUAUACAAUAUAUGGAAUGGACAGACAAACUUAGUUACAGUAGCAAAACAGCAGAUUUAUAAUGGUUAAUAGCAAUGUUUCAAUGUACUCUAUAAUGGUUUUGUGUUACAGUACUAUCAGAUGAAACUAACGUGCAUCAUUCUUUUGUAUAUUGAUAUCCAGUACCAAUUUUGCUGUGCCUGUAAAUGUUUCUUCACCAUCAAGGAACAUUGCAGUUUUUCUUUCUUUUUUUUUCCUCUCUCAAAAAGGAACAUUUUUCUUUUAUGUGAUGAGAAAUGUAACUGUAUUAAUGUGGUUGUGAACUUCUUGAGGUCAGCCAUUUGAUCCCCCCCCCCCUCCCCGGUUGUUGUAGUGAAUGUUUUUAUGUUUUUCUUUGUACGUUUUAACAGGGACUUUUAGACGGCUUACUUGAUGUGGUAUAAAUUAAGAGUUUGGUUUGUGGAGACCCACCAGGAGUUAGAAAGAUCCAACCAAAAUGGCUUUUUCAUUUUGGAGCCUCUCAUGUCUCCAUGACCGUCUCUCUCCUCCGAAGCUUUGGUUGUACUUAUCAUGUACUGUUUUAUAGAAAGUCAAAAUGCUGAGAUAAUGAUGAAACAUUUUAAUUUAUUUAUUUUGUGCAACAUCCACCCUGAAUUGUUCUUUUACAAGUCACGGUUUGGGCGAGGUUGGACAAGUACUUCACAUGUAUUUGUAAUUUUUUAAUUGCUUCUUGUGUAUAGAGUUUUCAGCCUAGGAUGGGAUGUGGUGUCACAGAGGGAGUGGACAGUAGGACGUGUUAUAAGAGAUCAAAGAUCAUAACAGGCUCGUUUCUUAUGCCUUGAAUAUACCUUUGUCUUAUCAAUAUUCCUCCUGCUCUGUGUAAUAAUAACGGUCUUCAAACAGUCAUACUUUCUCUCGUUUUAACAGUAUUUUCUCAAUACACAUCAAUGAAAUGAAGGAAAACCACCACAGUGAAAAAAAAAAAACCACAAACUACUUGGUUGAAUGUAUAAUUAGGAAACAAAGUUGUACAUAAAUGUAAAAAGAAAAGUUUCUAAUCAUGUUUAUUUUCUAUGCACUUUUUUAUUUAAGUGAUAGUUUAAAUAAUAAACAUGUCUCCUUUA